GAAAAGGGUGGGGAUGGGCGCGGCUUCCUGAUCACUCCGUUACUAGGCAACGGGAUGCUGCGGCUUGAAGCGGCGGAGCUGAAUGCUUGGGGCAAGACAGUUGAUAGAGAGGUCUUAGGCAACAAAAAUGAGCCCCGGCUACCUUCCAGCUCCUCGCCAAAAGCUGUGCUCGGUUCUGUUCCAGAAAAGCAUCUUGAGGAAGAGGAUGAAGUUGACUCCGUUCUCCUGUCAGCAUCCAAGAUCCUGAAUUACUCUGAGGGGGUGAAAGAGUGUGGGGUCAGUGAACCAGGCUAUAGCUGCAUAUCAGAACCAGAAAAUCAAAUCCAGCCACAGUCAGCCCUGAAAGUCCUCCAGCAUCAGCUGCAGUCGUUUCAAGCGCUGCGGAUGCAGACUCUACAGAACGUCAGCAUGGUACAGUCUGAAAUCAGCGAAAUAUUGAACAAAAGUAUUGUUGAAGUAGAAACCCCACAACUGAACUCAGAAAAAACUGUAGUAUUCAGCAUGCACCCUGAAAGGGAUUUGCCUAAUGAGAAGCAAGAAGAAAUGCUUUCUAUCAAGAAAAGUCAUUUUGAGGACCCUAAGACUCUUCAUUCAUUGGAAGAAAACGUUAGUAGUCAUAACGGCAGCAGUAUCUCUCAAAGCAUAAAUAUUCCACCCCAGAUACAGGUCAAAGACAUGUUACCUCUGGAGAGCCUGAGAACUGCUGCACAUAACUCACCUCCCACCAAAGCACUGGGCGCUUCGGACCAGCCUGACACCGUGAAGACUCUCAGUCUUCAUCAGUUUCUACCGCCCAUUCCCCAGACUGUGCCGCCUCCUACUGCGCCUAUGACUCUGGAUAAAUCCGCGAUCACUGUGCCUUUUCUGAAGCAUGAAUUUUCUGAGAACCUAGAUGAUAUCUGUCACUCCAUUAAACAGAUGAAAGAAGAGCUUCAAAAGUCAAACGACAGGGAGCUGGCGCUUACAAAUGAACUUCACACUUUCCGGGCGGAUGCAAAUAUGCAAAGUCACGUUAAAUACGAGCUGCUUCCCAUUCAUAGUUCAAAGCUUAACUUUAUUCAGGAAGCAAAUGUGGAAGGUAACCUAAGCGAAGACCUCAAGUCAAAGAGAAUUUCUGAAUUAGAAGCUUUAGUGAGUAAAUUACUCCCAGUCAGGGAAACCGUGUCAAAAUUGCAUUUAAAUUUCUGUAGGAAAUGUAAAAAAUUAUCUAGAAGUGAAAUAUGCCGGGCGAAAAGGAAUGAGAAGAGUAAAGACAUCCCUAUCACCAGCAAGAAUAUUAUGGAUUUAAAAUUCCACUCCCGAGCUCCAAGACACACGCUGUCAUUCCUUGAUCCGGUGAAACAGGAAACGAAGGACAAAGAAAAAGAACCACUUGCAGUAAACCAAGGAGCGAUAACGUUUGAAACCGAGAAGACACCCAAAGCCACCUGCGUCACUGAGCAGUGCGCUGCCAAGAUUCAUUACCUACAGAAUUACCUAAAAGAAUCCAUGCAGAACCAGAAAAAGGUGACAGAACUGGAGAAUGAAAACCUGGCCCUUCGGACCAAAAUGAAGCCCCUCAUCUUCACCACGCAAUCGCUGAUACAGAGGGUUGAAACCUACGAGAAGCAGCUGCGGUCUCUGGUUGCAGAAAAGAGCGCCCUCCAGGCCAAGUUAGCUAAAGCGGCGGAAGAAAACCACGACUGCCUCCGGGAACUGAAGAAAAUCGUCAGCACGUACAACGUCCUCCAAGGUCAACACAAAAUGCUAGAGGAAAAAAAUUGUCAACUUUCCCUGGAAAAGCAACAGAUGACAGAAACAGUGGAUCACUUCAAGAGUAGGGACCACAAGUCCCAAAAUGACGUGGCCGUUCUCAAAAACGAAAACAAUAGAAUGAAUAUAGAAAUAGAAGCGAUGAAAACGAAUAUGCUGUUGCUACAAGACGAAAGAGAAAUGCUAGAAAAAAACAUGUACCAACUUCUGAAAGACAAAGGCGCGCUGGAGAGCGACCUGAAGGAGAGCAAGCUCGAGAUGCUACAGCUCAAGGAGAAAGAGAGGCUGGCGGAAGCCGAACAGCAGUCUCUUCUGCACAUACUCGAAGCGGCUAAAACCGAGAAACUGAAUCUCGAGGCAACAUUACAAGAAUCGGCUUCUGCCAGGCAGACGCUGGAAAGAGAACUGGAGGCCUUUCAAACCUACCAGUCGGCGGCGGAAGAGACUCUCCGGGAAGAAAUCAAAAGCGCCAAAUCGGAGACCAGCAUUUACAAAAACAACUUGGCGGAGAUCAGCAAGGAGUGUGAGAUGUUAUCCAAAAUGGUCAUGGAGAUCAAGACGGACAACCAGAUCCUGAAGGAAGAGCUUAAGAAACACAGCCAAGAGAGCACCAAGUUUGAAAACAGCAUCAGCCGGCUCACUGAAGACAAGGUGCUUUUGGAGAACUACGCGCGGAGCGUAGAAAACGAGAGGGACACGUUGGAAUUUGAGAUGCGGAAUCUUCAGCGAGAGUAUCUGAGUCUAAGCGACAGAGUCUCCAGUCACAACAACAGCAGCCCCUCAAAGUCAGCUUCUAUUUCAAGAAGAGAGAAAUUCUACUUUGACAACUAUGCUGCCUAUGAAGACGCCGCCAGUCCUAGGAGUAGGCAUUUGGCUCCCGAUUUGAAAGGGAUUCCACAUAAACUGUAUCAACGACUUCCAUCCAGGAUAUGUAAAUAAACUUCAAAAGAUA